CGAAUAUAAAUCCGAUUUUCCCCAGCGCUCAGCAGUUGUUUUCCAAAACUUGCGACGAUACGAGCUCCCGCGUCAUUAUACUUUUGUUUGCUUCUUAAAAAAAAUGAAUACUGUUCUGUUCACCGGUUUACUGGUUACCUUGGUAACCUUAUUUUCCACAGUAAACUCCCAGGCUAUGGCUUUUGCAGGACCAGGUGCUCAGAAUGGAAAUAUGCGGCAGUGGUUUCCACCUUGGAUGUGGCAAUUUGUCCCCGAUAUAAAAAUCCCACAAAACUGGUAUGAAGGAGAAAAUGUGUGUGUAUCAGAAAGGGAAGAGCCUCUGACUGGUCCUGAUCCGUUUGAAGGUUUGAAUGAAAAUUCUAGAGAUGUGUCACAGACUUGCAAGGGUGAUAUGUAUAAAUACGUCUGUGUCAUCAGAACUAGAGAUAAUGGCGUGACAAAACAAACAGUCAAGACUUAUCAAUGUUGUCCUGGAUAUGUUCGAACAAAUGACGGAAGUCCAGGGUGUGUCCAAGGAUCCAAUCCUUGAACUGCACUGCUAUUGAAUUUUACUGAACUUAUAAAGAAGAUGCGGAUGCUUUGAAAAUAUGUUUAAAGAACAAUGAAAUCAAUUUCACUUAUUUUAAUUGAAAAAUUAAAUUAUUAUAUUUUUAUUAAUUUUUCAAGGAAUAAAACAAAUGCUAAAUAA